GAAAAAUAAAUUUCUUAUAUUAACAUAACAAUAAAUUUACUGUUGCCGUGCAUAUUUGUUUCUAAAUUUAAAGUAUUUUUAUUCUCCAAACAUGGGUAGAAAAAUAACCGCACAUAUCCCUGCGGCUUGGCUGCAGUGAACUGUGAAGCGACAUUUAUCACAAUCACAGCAAGAAGAAACGAAAAUAGGCGAGAUGGCUGCUAAUGCCGGCAGGGUCAUACUGAAAGGGAAAAUGAAGGUGAAGGGAGUUCCUAGUGCUUCGUCUCAGUUGGGGAAAUUCCUGGGCAUUCCUGAGCCUCCUCGCGCCGACACUUCCAAAUUGAUCUCCACCUUCAUCAAAAUCAACAAUCGCCAGGGGCCCGGUAUGAAGAAGGAUGGUCUUUGCAUGGAGAAAUUGAAGGCCUUAUUGGAUGGCAAAGACAGAGUUGGAACCCCGGAGAUUGCUAAAUUGUUGUCCCCACAAUUUGUCAACUCUGCCUGAUCAUCCUAAAUUCCUGGUUGAAUGUUUAUGUCUGGUAAAAGUUUAAGUGUAGCUAGUUUCAACUUUCAAGGUUUAGAUACUUUGAAGUCAGCAUCUCUUGGGAUGUUUAUGGCGCUGAACAUUUAGACAACCUGGAGACAUUUGUUCAGCGGAAGCUUUUGGGUGUUUUUAUAGUCACGAGCAACAACAUUGUUCAUCCAUAGUUUCUGAUUACUGUCUUGCAAUUCCCCCAUGCGUGUUCCCUGUAAGACAAGGGAUGUUUAGCUGCUUUUCUCAUUCCAAUAACGGAUGGGAUUCCUGAGAUUAAUGCUACAAGCUUAACAUUUGGCAA